CAAACUCAGGCUGCAUCUUUUGAUCAGUUCAGACUCAUUGAGAUCCGUCAUGCUGGCUGGUCUGGUACUUGGUGGCUUCCUCGGCCUCGCCACUGCCCAAUUCCCUCCCAAACCUGAGGGAAUCACAGUGCUCCAGUCCAAGCUGCAUGAAAAUGUGUCGCUUUCCUUCAAAGAGCCUGGCAUUUGCGAAACUACCCCAGGUGUCCGAUCUUAUUCGGGCUAUGUGCACCUUCCACCGGGUUUCCUGACCGAGGAGACAGGAGAAGUGCAAGAUUAUCCCAUCAACACCUUCUUCUGGUUCUUUGAAGCCCGCAAAGAUCCCAGCAAUGCCCCCCUUGCCAUCUGGCUGAAUGGCGGACCGGGUGGUUCCUCGCUGAUGGGCCUUCUGGAAGAGCUUGGCCCCUGCUCUAUUGCAGCAGAUUCCAAGACCACGAUCAACAACCCUUGGAGCUGGAACAAUGAAGUAAACCUAUUGUUCUUGGACCAGCCAACGCAGGUUGGCUUUUCAUACGAUGUUCCCACGAAUGGCACUCUCAUCAUAGAUGAUAGCGACAUUAACAUCUUUCCUGGGGAUUUCUCCGCCGAUAUUCCUCAAUCCAACCUCACCCAUCAGGUCGGCACCUUUUCGAGCCAGAAGCUCUUGCAGACUGCCAACGGAACUGCCUUCGCGGCUCACGCUUUGUGGCAUUUCGCCCAGACCUGGUUUUUCGAGUUUCCCCACUACAAACCCAAUGACGAUCGCAUCAGUCUCUGGGCUGAGAGUUAUGGAGGUCAUUAUGGCCCGGGUAUCUUUCGGUUCUUCCAGCAGCAGAAUGACCGAAUCGCUGAGGGGACUGCCGAAGAGGGCUCACAGUAUCUGCAUCUCGACACUCUGGGUAUCGUGAAUGGCCUGAUGGAUAUAGUGAUCCAAGAAGAGGCUUACAUUACGUGGCCGUACAACAACACUUAUGGACUUCAAAUCUUCGAUCAGCCCCUCUACGAGGAGCUGAUGUACAACUGGACGCGGCCAGGAGGCUGCCGCGACCGGGCGAGGGCCUGUGAAGUGGCCCUGAAGGAGCGCGACUUGGACCCUUCUUACUCGAAGAACAUCACUGAAAUCUGCGGAACGCUUUCCCUGGAAUGUGAUGCAGAUGGUCCCAUCACCCACUAUCACACGUUCAAUCACGGCUGGUACGACAUCGCCCAUCCGCACAACGAUCCAUUUCCUGCAAAGCAUAUGUUGGGUUAUCUAAAGCAGGAGUCUGUCUUGGCUGCUCUCGGUGUUCCUGUCAACUUCACCGAGGCCUCAAAUACCGUGGCCCUGCAGUUUGUGAACAGUCAUGAUAUUGUUCGGGGUGGCUUCCUUGACGCAAUUGGCUACCUCCUUGACAGUGGCGUCAAAGUGCACAUGAUGUACGGUGAUCGCGACUACGCCUGCAACUGGGUCGGUGGUGAGAAGGCCAGUCUGGCGGUUCCCUACUCGCGGAUUGCCGAAUUCUCCGAGACUGGAUACUCGCCCCUGCUGACUCCCGACGGGAUCAGCGGCAUGACCCGGCAGCUUGGAAACUACAGCUUCACUCGCGUCUACCAAGCAGGCCACGAGGUGCCUUCCUACCAGCCGGUGGCGGCGUAUGAGAUCUUCAUGCGGGCGACCUUCAACAAGGAUAUUCCUACUGGUCUUUUGGCUGCUGGGGAUGAUUUCCAGACGACCGGACCGCUCGAUACGUGGCAUAUUAAGAACAUCCCGCCGAUCGCGCCAGAGCCCAAGUGUUAUAUCUUGAGUCCGGGGACGUGUCUUCCGGAGAUUUGGGAGACAGUUGCGAACGGCACUGCGACGGUCAAGGAUUGGUAUGUUGUGGAUGCAGAGGGAUUCAGUAUCCUUGGAGGGGAUGAGUUGUGAUUGCCACAUUGAAAGCCUCGAAGAGUAGUUAUGAAGCAGGUAGUUAGAUCAUCACUUCUAGCUCGGGUACCAUCAAACCGUUCUUACCCACAGCAUCGGUAUCUUCACUCAACUGAACUAUGACUACCAUCUUUCAG